UGCUACUUUCACAGACUACACGUAUAGUAGGAUUUUCUACCAUCUACACCAGUGUUGAUGGAAAAACAGCUUAAUUUGUGUGUGCUUAUUCGUUUAUUACACAGUUUGUCGUCACUGUGCUACAAGAAGAGUGAAUCAUACGCUGUAAGGACGGACAACGGGUCAUCUGAUGCCAGGAUACGUUUUGGACUGUCAACCAUAACCUCUUAAGCCAUCACUGCACAAUACAGUGACCACAGGUCUGCCGGCCUCGUCCUGCCCCGAAACACACCUCCGCUGACAGACCAAUCAUCAAACAGCUUCACCUUCGCCAUUUGUUUAAAAUUUUGUCCACACCUUGUGUCAAUCCCACACACACUCAAGAAGAGUAAAAACACAGCACACGUUUGCAGCAAGUAUGGCCAGCAUGCUGUCCCGCUUUGGAAAAAUUCUCUUGCGCCGCCGCACUUUAGACUUUUCCGGCGAAGAGUCACGCUUCGCUCGAUGCCUGUCCACCCUAGACCUCAUCGCCUUGGGGGUGGGCUCCACACUGGGCGCCGGUGUCUACGUGCUUGCCGGCGAGGUGGCCCGAGAGAAAGCCGGGCCCGCCAUUGUGCUCUGCUUCCUCAUCGCUGCGCUCUCCUCCAUGUUGGCCGGCCUAUGCUAUGCAGAAUUUGGAGCUCGUGUCCCCAAGACGGGCUCAGCAUACCUCUACAGCUACGUGACAGUCGGCGAGGUCUGGGCCUUCAUCACUGGGUGGAACCUCAUACUCUCCUAUGUGAUAGGUACUGCGAGUGUGGCCCGUGCGUGGAGUUCCACCUUCGACAAUCUCGUAGAGCAGAAGAUCUCUGUCUUCUUUAAAGCCUCCAUGACCAUGAAGGUGCCUGGAAAAGUAUUGGCGGAGUACCCCGACCUGUUUGCCCUCAUACUGGUGCUGCUGCUUACUGGACUCCUGGCCUUUGGCGUGAGCGAGUCAGCGCUGGUAAACAAGAUCUUCACCGGCAUCAACUUGGUGGUCCUGGGCUUCGUGAUCAUCUCGGGCUUUGUUAAAGGAAACACAGCAAACUGGAACUUGACGUUGGAUGACUAUAACGGUUUCCUUAACAGCACCAACAGAAGCGGGUCUGCAACUGCUGGCGAGCAAUUUGGGACCGGUGGUUUUGCGCCGUUCGGCCUCGCUGGUGUCCUGUCUGGUGCCGCCACCUGCUUCUAUGCCUUUGUGGGCUUUGACUGCAUCGCCACCACAAGCGAGGAGGCCAAGAAUCCCAUGCGCUCCAUACCCAUCGGCAUCGUGGCCUCGCUUCUCAUCUGCUUCUUUGCCUACUUUGGCGUGUCUGCCGCUCUAACUCUCAUGAUGCCCUACUACGAGCUGAACACCCAGAGCCCCCUGCCCGAAGCUUUUACCUACGUGGGCUGGGCUCCGGCCCGCUACAUCGUGGCCGUGGGCUCCCUCUGCGCUCUGUCCACCAGCUUGCUUGGCUCCAUGUUCCCUAUGCCCCGCGUCAUCUACGCCAUGGCGGAGGACGGGCUGCUGUUCCGUUCUCUGUCCAGGAUGAACCUUCGCACCAAGACUCCUCUGCUGGCCACCAUUGUUUCUGGCAUUGUCGCAGCUCUGAUGGCCUUCCUGUUCGACCUCGCAGCGUUGGUUGACCUCAUGUCCAUCGGAACUCUGCUAGCAUACUCGCUAGUGGCCAUCUGUGUUCUCAUCCUCAGGUACCAACCAGGAACCUUGAACUCGUCCAGCCAGACAGAGAAGCUAGUGGAGCUCGUAGAAGGCGAGAAGGUGGCAGUAAGCGGCGGGGACAGCGGCGAUGAGUACACUGAGAACGAGGAAAAGGCCCUCCAAGAGGCUUUCACUUUCAAGCUGCUCUUCUGCCCGAGCGGAAAGACCCCCACGCAGACCUCGGGGACAAUCGUCUACGCCACCACCGCCGUCAUCUCCAUCUUGAUCACCGUACUGUGCAUCAUCCUGGCCAACUGUCUGCGGCAGCUGCUGGACGGAAAUGGAAUCGUGGUGGCGACUUGUGUCAUUUUGGCUCUGCUGUGCGGCGUCUGCCUUAUCAUCAUCUGCAGGCAGCCCGAGAGCAAGGAGGCCCUGACCUUCAAGGUUCCUCUGCUCCCUUGGUUGCCUCUCUUCAGCGUCUUUGUCAACAUCUACCUCAUGAUGCAGCUUGAUCAGGGCACCUGGUAUCGCUUCACCGUCUGGAUGGUCAUCGGUUUCAUCAUCUACUUCGCCUACGGCAUCCAGCACAGCAGCGCCAACCAGUCGACCCCACGCAAAUACGAGCCGGCCCUGCAGACCAAGAGCCCCAUUUACAAGGGAGCCCCCGACGACAGCGACGUGGAGGGCGGCAGCAGCCCCUGAUGUGGUCUUGGAGAAGGUGGGGGAGCGGGGGAGGGCGGAGCUUGAAAGAAGGGAGGAAGAGGCCACCAAUCUUUACCUCUAAACUUGACGAUUAAGACACUGUGACGUGUCGCUCUGUAGUUUGUUUGUAGUUAGCAACGUAGCCCUCGCUCUUAACGCUUUGACUGUGAUUGUGAGGAUUGCUUUCCUUCCUUGGGGAUGAUGGACUUGUAUCAUUUUCCAGUUGAAGACUUGAUUGCACCAGCCUGUUGCUUUGUGUCUGCUGUGCGUGCGUAUAAAGAGAGUAGUGCUGAAGCUAACAGCCUCCAGUCCAUAGUGGACUUAAUGCUGUGAGGUCACUAGCACACCAUCCUUGUUGAUGUCAUCUACACAACUCUAAAGUUUUUAGUAUCAGACCCCUUGUUUAUUUAAAAAUACAUUCAUUAUUGGGACUUAGGUCAAACUUGAGGUUCCAACAUGAGUUGCUGCACUGUAAAUACACCUUUGUGCCAUUCAAGGUCAUGAAUUUUUACUAACUGAGGGA